AUGGCUGCUUACAGCUUCAGGCAAACUGCCUCUUCUGUGGCGGGGGGACCUGGUGGCUCCUCCGUCCGUUUUGGUGGAGGCUGCUUUAGGGCCCCAAGCAUCCAUGGGGGAUCUGGUGGCAGGGGUGUGUCAGUCUCUUCCGCCAGGUUUGUCUCUUCUGGCCUAGGCAGCGGCCUGGGUGGUGGCUACGGCAGCAGUUUCAGCAGCAGCUUUAGUGGUGGUUACGGCGCUGGUCUGGGGAGCGGCGAUGGCCUCCUCUCGGGAAAUGAAAAGGCAACGAUGCAAAGCCUCAACGAACGCCUCUCAUCCUACCUGGACAAAGUGCGGGCACUGGAACAGGCAAACUCCAAUCUUGAAACUAAAAUCCGAGACUGGUACCAAAAAAAAGGACCAGGCCCAGCUCGGGACUAUGACUCUUAUUACAAGACUAUCGAAGACCUGCGAGACAAGAUCCUCGAUGCCACUAUUGACAACGCGAAGACCGUCCUGCAGAUCGACAACGCCAGGUUGGCUGCCGACGACUUCAAAACCAAGUCUGAAACAGAGCAAGGUCUGCGCAUGAGCGUUGAGGCCGACAUCAACGGCCUGCGCCGGGUCCUGGAUGAGCUGACCCUGGCCAGGGCUGACCUGGAGCUGCAGAUCGAGAACCUGAAGGAGGAGCUGGCCUACAUAAAGAAAAACCACGAGGAGGAAAUGAGUGCCCUGCAAGGACAAGUAGCUGGGCAAGUCAAUGUUGAAGUGGACUCUGCUCCAGGCAUUGACCUGUCCAGGAUCCUGGCCGAUAUGAGAGAGCAGUAUGAACACAUGGCAGAGAAGAACAGGAAGGACGUUGAGGCCUGGUUCCACAGCAAGACUGAAGAGCUGAACUACAAAGUAGCUGCCAAUACGGAACAACUGGAGAGCAGCAGAUCCGAAGCCACGGACCUGAGACGCACCCUGCAAGGACUGGAAGUGGAACUUCAGUCCCAGCUCAGCCUGAAAGCCGCGGUGGAACGCAACCUGGCAGACACGGAGGCGCUCUACAGCGCCCAGCUGGCGCAGAUGCAGGGGCUGAUCGACGGCUUGGAGGCACAGCUGACGGAGAUCCGAGGUGACAUGGACCGCCAGAACUCGGAGUACAAAGCCCUCAUGGACGUCAGGGUUCGACUGGAGCAGGAGAUCGCCACGUACCGACAGCUCCUGGAAGGGCAGGAGUCGCAGUAA